AUGCCAGCUUGCCCUUCGGAGACCUGCCUCCGAGGUCUGGUGAUAGUGACUUUUGAUGCAAAGAAUGAAGCCGAAGGAUGGCCUGGCGAGACUCUCUACGUUAGUCGUAUAUGGGAAAAUACAACUGCCAUGACGCUUCCGCUAGGGCUAAACCCUCAAGAUGGUAUCAAGGAAGCAAAUGAUAAGUCCUUGAAAUCUGAAAAGAAAGAUAAAAUAGGGAUUGAUGAAAAAGGAUUUGAAGCAAGCGAUAAAUCACUCAAAUGCGAGCAAGCGGUGAACAAAAGCGAUAAGAAAAGGACGGACACAGGUGUGGCAAAACCUAUGAAAAUGCUUGAAACUCUAGAUAGCCUCAUAGUAAAAGAGCGAACAGAAGUCUUGGAAGUUAUCACUGGCAUUGACAUGAACAUCCAAUUCGACAUAUAUUCUUCAACAGGAGCUCUACGAACAGAAGUGUUGGAAGUUAUCACUGGCAUUGACAUGAAUAUCCAAUUCGACAUAUAUUCUUCAACAGGAGCUCUACUCUUCCACGCUUACGAAAAAUCAUCUUGUGUGACGCGAUUCUUUUUGCGAAGUCGACGCGCAUUCACAAUGCACAUCGUUGACGCAGGAGGGAAGGCUGGCUACGUUCGCCAGACAUGCGGAGGAAGCUUAAAAUUCGAUGUUUACGAUGGACUUGAUCGCUUAAAGAUUGCAGGACCAUCUUAUUGCGGUUUUGAUUGCUGCACUUGCUGCUUUCCAGAAAAGAAGUUCAAAAUAUCUCGCCUAGCUGCCGAUCAGGAAAAACACCUAAAUCCGUACACUUUUCCUCUAGUCUAA